UUACAACAAUUCGGAUCGCUAAUUUCUUCGUCGUCAUUACAAAACUGCAAGAAUUCAUCAAGUCAAAGCACCACACUUGCAAUUGAAGAAAAGUAACCGUAUUUACGCGCAUAUUACAGCAUUGGACCAUGGCGGAAUUAAACUGGAGGCUUCAGACCGGGUUUGUAAUUAUCAUAGUGCUUUUGGUAAAUGCCUGCGGAGAAGGCGUACAAAGGCUUGUGGGACUGAUAGGAGUAAUCUGGCUUCUAUGGCAAAUCAAAAUCUAUUACAAAGAAAUCUGGCAAGCUGUGAAGGUAGGCCAGAUUCAUCAUCUGAUUGGCAUUUUUUUGCUAUUGGUUGUCAGCAUAAAUGUUGCUCUAGAUAUUUGGGAGAUGUUAUUCUACAUUGAUACAGAAAGGCUUCUCUUGUUAAUUUGGAAAAUAUGUUGUUUGUCCCAACUCAUAAUUUGUUUUCAGCCCCGACCGGGAUAUCUUCCUUUUCCGCCUCCUAGUGACCUCGACGGGAAUAUUGUUACAAUUAACGCUCUUUUCAUGCUUCCGAAACCCAUUCUUGAGACAUUUACGACCGAGAAUGCCACCCAAGAAAAGUACAAAUAUUUCAUAAAAGCUCUCCGAAACGAAUUAGCUAUCGAAGAUUUUUCUUAUUAUAUCGAUAAGCAACUACCAGCUGAAUAUGUUCAUAUAGAAAACCAAACAGCUAGUGAGCCUAAUCAUGUGGCGGAAAUUCAAGUGAUGCGUGACGGAUCCACAUUCUCUAAUGAUCUUGACCAGCGCGUUCUUUACGUGAAACUCUCGACUUCACAGGCAUCUUCGGUUACGCUAGUCUUAGACAAAAGCGAUGCGUAUGUGUUGGGUUACGAAGCCCAAAAAGUGUACUACUUAUUGAAGUUAGAUGAUGAGAAGAGUUGGAUCAGGAAUGUUAUCCAGAGAAGUGUCCCUCUGGAUUUAGGUUUUGGAUACAACGAUCUUGAAAAGAAAGCGGGAGUCUCGAGGUUAGACAUCUCCAUGGGAAUCAAACAGCUCGAAUCUGCAAUCAAUGAUCUCGACAAGACUGAUCGGAACAAUGUUGAUUUUCUAAAAGCUGUGGCGAAAGCGCUAAUAGUUUGCAUAACGAUGAUUCCUGAGGCUGCAAGGUUCAACUAUAUAGAGAAGAAAGUUUGUGAAAGCAUAGUUGAAGGUGGAAGGAAAACAUUUUACAAGGAAUUUCAGAUGGAUGAAUUUACGGUUAAGCUCCAGAAUGAUUGGAAGCAUUACUCUGAUGUUGUCCAAAAAUACGUUCCGCACCUGGCGCUCAUAAAAUAUGCAAAGAAGAAUGGUGAUCUUGGAGCGGGAACAUCAUCUAGCCAGCAAGUGAGAAACAUGAAGACAAAUGAAAAUAGAAAUAAAAAAUGGAAGGGGAAGGAAAAUGGAAGGAAAAAAUAAAUGGUUUAAAUCUGUAUUUAAUAAAACAUAUCAAUGUGGAUGCUGGUUUCGAAAAAAAAAAAAAGCGAAAUUCAUACAGUACAGAGGCGGUAGUGAGAGACAGGGAAGGAAGAGUCAUAGCGGCGGAAUGUAGACGAUACGACGACCAGCGUUGGAGAAGCUAGCGCGAUAAGCAACGGCAUCAUUCUUGCAAUGGAGGGAAAUCUAGUUCCCUUUGAGAUCCAAUUAAAUUCAAAUGUAGUAAUUGAUACUCUCAAUAACAUAGAAUUGCAUUGUUAUGAUGUUAGUUUAAUUGAGAGUAUACAGAUUGAAAGGAGGCA